CUUUUCAUAUAACUUUCAUCUAUUAGUAAAUGAGCCUUCUGCGACGUUUUGAAACGCAGGAGGAUGAUUUCGGCGGCGAUUUUCCCGGGAGUAGGAGUGGCACUGGCACUGGCAGGGGUUCGGAUGGUAAAAGAAGUUUUGAGGAUGAUGAGGACGAUAUUUUUGGCUCCAAAAGGGGUAACUCUAAAAUGGAAGAAACUGCUCCUGGUGGUGCAACAGUGACGAUUUUGACUCUCCGUGGCAGUCUCCAGAGCUGCAAGGAUGAACUUAUGACCUGUCAGAUGGGGCUUGAAGCUACAAAAUCUGAGAUUCAGAUAUGGCAUUCUUCAUUUCAAAAUUUACCCUUCAUACCACCUGGGAGAACUCCUGAACCCAAAUUGGUUAUUGAUUUUCUUCAAACUCUGAAAUCUUCGGAGGAGUCAUUGAAAGAACAGCUGGAGAAAGCAAAGAAAAAGGAAGCUGCAUUCAUUGUUACAUUUGCAAAACGUGAACAAGAAAUAGCAGAGCUGAAGUCUGCAGUUCGUGACUUGAAAGCACAACUAAAGCCACCAUCAAUGCAGGCCAGAAGGCUACUGCUGGAUCCAGCAAUCCAUGAAGAAUUUACACGUUUGAAGAAUUUAGUUGAGGAGAAGGACAAGAAGGUGAAAGAACUGCAGGAUAAUAUUUCUGCUGUUAAUUUUACUCCACAAAGCAAGAUGGGGAAGAUGCUCAUGGCAAAAUGUAGAACCUUGCAGGAGGAAAAUGAGGAAAUUGGUAAUCAAGCUUCUGAGGGAAAGAUGCAUGAAUUAGCUAUGAGACUUGCUUUACAGAAGUCACAAAAUGCAGAACUAAGGGGUCAAUUUGAAGCAUUAUACAAAAAAAUGGAGGGAUUGGCAAAUGAUCUCGAAAGAUCAAAUGAAACGGUUUCUCUCUUCUUUUCACUCCCUCUCAGUCUCAGUAUUUAUUUAUUUAUUUGUUAAGCUGGAACAUAAAUGAAAAUAGAGCCCUUUGAUCUUGGGCGCAUGAUUUGGCGCUUUUGGUAUUCUGCGUGGCUGCAAUAUUAGGUUAUGCUCUUAUGAGUUGCCCUUUAAAAAUAGUAGCUUCAACAGCCAUUGCGAAUACUACAUCCCAAUUACCUAUGCUGUCAUAAAUUGCCCUUUAAAAUUAAUAGCCUCAACAGCCAUUUUGAAUGCUACAUCCCAAUUAACUAUCAGUCUUGUAUUGUUGUACCUCUAGAAACCGAUUUCCUUGUAGUUGAUUUGUUUAACUACUGUGUCAUUGCAAAUGCUAAUAAGCCAAAGGACGAUCUUGAAUUUUAUCUACCAUUUAGUUGAAACAGCUAUGCAAUUAUAUCUGUACCACACUGCUAAUUGUACUUUGUGAUAAUUCUUUAUCUGGUGUCUUUAGUAGUGAAACAGAAUAUAUUGCUACAUGGCUCUGAUACAUUGCAUCAGUAUCUCUGUAGAAGCGGUCUGGAAUCAAAUGUGUUCCGAGCAAUGUUUUUGAACCCGGCCCGGUGGUUGACCCGUUUUGGCCAGCGGGUCUGGUUCAACCGGUUAAAUCGGUUCACCCGACCGGUUCAACCGGUUGACUAAAGACAUUUUUUUUUU